AUGGAUCAAAGCCUAAAAUUAGCUAGUGUAUCUUGUAACCAGGAGAGAAGUAAGUUUGAGGAGUUGCCGGAUUGCAUUCUGGAAUCCAUAGUUUCAUUUCUCCCGCUAAGAGAUGCAAUGGAGAGUAGCAUGAUUUUCCGAGGGUUGAAGCACAUUUGGUUGAAUUCAAUACAAACAAGGCGCAAUCUUGUAUUUGAUGUUCCAAACAUUUACGGUAGUUGGAGACAACCAAGAAAAGAUGAUGAAGACUUUAUAAGACGUGUGGAUCAAUUUUUGGAGCGUUACCCGUUACCAAGAAUGGGUGUUCAAGAGCUUCGUCUCCCUAUGCCGACGAAUUUUGGUCCUUUGUAUAAUGAUGAUUUCCCUCACCAGUUACUGUCAGAACAACAAGUGAAGGCUGUUGCUCCUCUAAAGCUAAAAUCUUUGUCCUUGAAAGGAUUUCGUCUAAGAGUUCCUCCUGAAUUUGACGGAUUCAAUCAGCUCACUACUCUUUGUCUACAUUCGGUUAAGGUUGAUGGAAUUUUUAUGUCACAUCUCUUCUCUCUUGGUUCUUUCCUUGAACGCUUGACCUUAAAGAAUUGCACAUGGGAGUACUUCUAUUCACAUCUGAAUAUUGUUUCUGGUCGUCUGAAUGAUUUCAAACUGAUCUCUUGUACUGAGCUAGAAAAGAUCGAGAUUUCUGCACCAAAUCUUGCCUCCUUAGAAUACAUUGCUAAAUCCGUGUAUCCUCCAUCAAGUAUUGUUUUCGUCAACACUCCAAAGUUAGCAAAAUUAUUGUAUCUCACAGACCUAAGCACAACAGAUCCUACAUUAUUGCCUCAAACACUAAGACAAUUAAUUCCAUCGUGCCCUGCACUUGAGACGCUUGAUCUACAGAUGUGUGCCGAAAGACCCCAAAUCGGCAGCUUACCAACAUUUGGAAAUCUCAAGCAAUUGAACUUGCAAAUCAAAAGAGGUUAUUACAAUAGCAUCCCUAUUCAUCUGAGAUGUGUUGUGGACCUCCUCAAGGUUGCACCCCUUUUGGAAGAGCUCACAAUAACGAUAGAGGGACAAAGGGAGUUUGAUGAGACUGAUCAUCAAGAGAUAAGGAACCUUGAUUGUGGAUUCACACACAACCAAUUGAAGAAAGUUAAGAUGCAUGGGAUCCAAGGUAAUUGGUAUGAGAUAGAGUUUGCUAUUUGGAUUCUAAAGAAUACUACAAACCUUGAGAUAAUGGUUAUUGAUCCCAAUUGGAAACGCUACCUUGGUGAUGGUGAUUAUAUUGAGCUUAAUCAUUCAACCUGGCAAAAAGGAAGACACAGAGCUGUUGUCCGAGAAAAACUAAAGGAAGUAAAAACUGAUGCUCGAAUUAGAAUUCUCAACCGGUGGUCCUUACCAGAAAAAUAA